UCGUUCAGGGUAGGGCCGUGGAGCUCCUCUCGCGAGAUUUGCCGCGCUCUCGUGUUGUUGUGGUGGUGAAGAUGGCGGCAGGCGCAGAGGCCCCGGACUCCUGGUAUCUCGCUCUGCUCGGUUUCGCCGAACAUUUCCGAACCUCCAGUCCUCCCAAAAUCCGCUUGUGUGUGCACUGCCUGCAGGCCGUCUUCCAGUUCAAGCCCCCGCAGAGAGUGGAGGCCCGCACGCACCUGCAGCUCGGCUCGGUGCUCUACCACCACACGAAGAACAGCGAGCUGGCCCGCACGCACCUCGAGAAAGCGUGGUUCAUCUCACAGCAAGUAGCACAGUUUGAGGAUGUUAAGUUUGAGGCGGCGAGUCUCCUGUCAGAGCUGUACUGCCAGCAGAAUAUGAAGUCCGAUAUUGCACAUGAUGAUGAUAGCAUGCACUGGAUGUUGUUGCAGCAACUGCACACGCUGGAGAAGGACCUGGUGUCGGCCUGCGAUCUGCUGGGGGUCGGCGCUGAGUACGCCAGAGUCGUGGGAUCUGAAUACACCAGAGCUCUCUUCCUGUUGAGCAAAGGCAUGCUGCUGCUGAUGGAGCGCAAGCUGCAGGAGGUUCAUCCGCUCCUGACUCUCUGCGGACAGAUCGUGGAAACCUGGCAGGGAAACCCCAUCCAGAAGGAGUCGCUGCGUGUGUUCUUCCUGGUGCUGCAGGUCACGCAUUACCUGGACGCCGGACAGGUGAAGAGCGUGAAGCCGUGUCUGAAGCAGCUGCAGCAGUGCAUCCAGACCAUCUCCACGCUCCACGAUGAUGAGAUCCUGCCCAGUAACUCGGCCGAUCUCUUCCACUGGCUGCCCAAAGAGCACAUGUGUGUCCUCGUCUACCUGGUGACGGUCAUGCACUCGAUGCAGGCUGGGUAUCUGGAGAAAGCCCAGAAAUACACUGAUAAAGCCCUCAUGCAGCUGGAGAAGCUGAAGAUGCUGGACUGCAGUCCCAUCCUGUCCUCGUUUCAAGUCAUUCUGCUGGAGCACAUCAUCAUGUGUCGUCUGGUGACGGGACACAAGGCCACAGCGCUGCAGGAGAUCUCUCAGGUGUGUCAGCUCUGUCAGCAGUCUCCACGGCUCUUCUCCAAUCACGCGGCUCAGCUCCACACGCUGCUGGGUUUGUACUGUAUCUCUGUUAACUGUAUGGAUAACGCUGAGGCCCAGUUCACUACAGCGCUGCGGCUCACCUCCCAUCAGGAGCUGUGGGCGUUCAUCGUCACUAACCUGGCGAGUGUGUACAUCAGGGAGGGAAACAGACAUCAGGAGCUGUACAAUCUAUUAGAGCGGAUAAACCCGGACCACAACUUCCCCGUCAGUUCUCACUGUCUGCGCGCCGCUGCCUUCUACAUCCGAGGCCUUCUGUCCUUCUUCCAGGGACGCUACAAUGAAGCCAAGCGUUUCCUGCGCGAGACGCUGAAGAUGUCCAAUGCGGAGGAUCUGAACCGUCUGACGGCCUGCUCUCUGGUGCUGCUGGGACACAUAUUCUACGUGCUGGGGAACCACAGAGAGAGCAACAACAUGGUGGUUCCUGCGAUGCAGCUGGCCAGUAAAAUCCCAGACAUGUCUGUGCAGCUCUGGUCAUCGGCUCUGCUCAAGGAUCUCAAUAAGGCCUGCGGGAACUCCAUGGACGCGCAUGAGGCUGCACAGAUGCACCAGAACUUCUCCCAGCAGCUCCUGCAGGAUCACAUCGCCGCCUGCAGCCUUCCAGAACACAACCUCAUCAGUUGGACUGAAGGCCCUCCACCUGUGCAGAUUCAAGCUCAGAACGGACCCACCACCAGCCUGGCCAGCCUGCUUUAAACACACACACACACACACACGCUGUACAUACAGGUCAUCCACACACUCACAC